AUGGCAGAUCCUGCUAGUCUCUAUCACGAGCGUGACAUCGACCAAGAUGAAAAAACGUUGAUUUGGUUUUCACGUGGAGAAGAAAAAGGUUUGAAGUUGUCUAAAGUUUCUAGAAUCGUCCCUGGACAAAGAACAAUUUGUAAAGACAAAGCUGAGACAGAGGUUUGGUUUGCUGGUCUUAAGUCUAUAAUUGAAAAAAGUCGUAAUAGACGCGCAAGAAGUGAGAUCCCUGAGGCACACGACAGUGACUGCUUCUCCGUUGGUCGUCAAUCAAUAGAUUUUGUCCCAAACAAUAUUCCACGAGGCAGAACAUCAAUUGAUUUAGGCUAUCACAACAAUUCUCCAAUCAAUACUGGUGGCUCAGAUGUUGGAUAUGAACGUGGAAACAUGUUAAGACCAAGUACUGAUGGGUUUCGGAUUAGUGUCUCAAGCACACCAAGUUGUUCAAGUGGAGGUUCUGGUCCGGAUGAUAUCGAAUCAUUAGGUGAUGUUUACGUUUGGGGUGAGGUUUGGAGCGAAGGGAUCUUACCAGACGGGACAAUUAGCAAAGAAACGGUGAAAACAGAUGUGUUAACUCCAAGACCCUUGGAGUCAAACGUUGUUCUUGAUGUUCACCAGAUUGUUUGCGGUGUAAGGCACAUAGCGCUUGUGACAAGACAAGGUGAAGUAUUUACAUGGGGAGAAGAAGCUGGAGGUAGGCUUGGACAUGGUAUUCAAGUCGAUAUUAGCCGUCCGAAACUCGUUGAGUUUCUUGCUUUAACCAACAUAGACUUUGUUGCGUGUGGAGAGUAUCACACUUGUGUUGUUUCUACCUCUGGAGACUUGUUUUCAUGGGGAGAUGGAAUCCACAAUGUAGGGCUUUUGGGACAUGGUAGUGAUAUUAGCCACUGGAUACCAAAAAGAGUUUCUGGUCCUCUAGAAGGUCUUCAGGUACUCUCAGUUGCUUGUGGCACAUGGCAUUCGGCUUUGGCCACUGCAAAUGGGAAGCUAUUCACAUUUGGUGAUGGUACGUUUGGCGUUUUAGGACAUGGAAACAGAGAAAGCGUUUCCUAUCCGAGGGAAGUACAAUCUUUAAACGGGUUAAAAACGGUGAAAGUAGCUUGUAGCGUUUGGCACACGGCAGCGAUUGUCGAGGUUAUGGGUCAGACCGGUACAAGUAUGUCAUCUAGGAAGUUGUUUACUUGGGGUGAUGGAGACAAAAACAGAUUAGGGCAUGGGAAUAAAGAGACUUACUUGCUUCCCACGUGUAUCUCUUCACUUAUUGACUACAACUUUCAUCAAAUUGCUUGUGGACAUACAUUUACCGUCGCACUCACAACCUCAGGACAUGUUUUCACAAUGGGAGGAACCUCACAUGGUCAACUUGGUAACUCAAUCUCUGAUGGUAAAUUACCAUGCUUGGUGCAAGAUAGGCUAGUCGGAGAAUUUGUGGAAGAAAUCGCUUGCGGGGAUCACCAUGUUGCGGUUAUGACAUCUAGAAGUGAAGUCUUUACUUGGGGGAAAGGUGCUAAUGGAAGAUUAGGACAUGGAGAUACAGAUGAUAGAAGAACACCAACUUUGGUUGAAGCCUUGAGAGACAGGCAUGUGAAGAGCUUGUCUUGCGGCUCAAACUUCACAUCAAGUAUAUGCAUACAUAAAUGGGUCUCAGGAGCAGAUCAGUCCAUAUGCUCUGGAUGCCGCCAAGCGUUUGGUUUUACCCGAAAGAGGCAUAAUUGUUAUAAUUGUGGUUUAGUCCAUUGCCAUGCUUGUAGUUCAAAGAAAGCAUUGAAAGCAGCAUUGGCUCCAACUCCAGGGAAACCACAUCGCGUAUGCGAUGCGUGUCACAGCAAACUUAAAGCUGCGGAGUCUGGUUAUAUCUCUAAUGCAAACAGGAGUCAUACUGCAACUCCUGGACGGUUAAUGGAUGGCUCGGUAAGAAUAGAUAGAGAAACAACAAGAUCGUCUAAAGUUCUCUUAGCAACUAGAGAGCCAGUUAAGUCAUCAAGGUCUGGAUUUAGACCUGAUUCUUCUAAUGUCCGUGCCUCGCAAGUUCCAUCUCUCCAACAACUUAGAGACAUUUCGUUCCCGACUUCUCUUACCGCGAUUCAAAAUGCUUUAAAACCUGUUGGUCCUGCUGCUGUUCCGCCGCGUCAACUAGCCGGAAUUGUGCCAUCGCCUCCACCUCCAAGAUCAUCUUCGCCUUUACCUGCAAGAUCUUCCACGCCUUUGCCUGCAAGAUCAUCCUCGCCUUAUGCAAGAAGAUCAAGCCCUCCACGCACGUCUGGAUUUUCAAGGAGCGUUAUCGAUAGUUUGAAGAAGACUAAUGAAGUUAUGAAUCAAGAAAUGACAAAGUUGCAGAGUCAGGUUAAGAAUUUGAAACAGAAAUGUAAUAAUCAAGGAACAGAGAUCCAAAGAUUUCAACAUGCAGCUAAAGAAGCUUAUGAAUUAGCUGCAAAACAAUCUUCCAAACAUAAAACAGCAACAGAGGCUCUCAAGUCUGUUGCAGAACAGCUGAAAGGGUUGAAGGAUAAAUUACCACCUGAGGUAUCAGAGAGUGAAGCUUUUGAGUCCAUUAACUCUCAAGCUGAAGCUUAUCUAACUGCAAACGAAACAUUAGAAACACCUUUACUCACAACUUUGAGACUUGAUCAACAAGAAACAUCUCCUUCUGGUAACACACAAGAACAAAAGAUUGAUGAACAAGUAUCAUCGAGCUCAAGUAUAGCCGAGACAUCAAAUUCAUCUAGGCCAGUACCAACCGAAACUUCAUCAUCAAGAACAGCUGGAAAAGAAAGUAAAGAGCAGUUUGAACCUGGCGUUUACGUGACUUUUGCGGUAGACAUGCAUGGAAACAAGAUUUUCCGACGAGUUAGAUUCAGUAAAAAGAGAUUUGAUGAGCAUCAAGCAGAAGAUUGGUGGACAAAAAACAAAGACAGGCUGCUUAAGUGGUAUAGUCCAAAUUCAUCAUCAAAUCCAACAGCUUCUGAAUCACCUGUUACUCCUCCUCCUCCACCACCACCCGAACCAGUACCACCGUCUGAUCCGCCAGUCCCUGAGAAAAGCAAUGAGGAAGAACCAGAUUCUGAAGUCUAA